UAUUAUAGAAAAUGAAUGUUGGCGACGGGCGCGUUAUUUUAUUUUUAUCGAAACUUUCUAAAUAAAUAAACGAAUUUACUAAAUUAUUACAGAAACAUUAACGAUGUCCUCGUUACAGAAGACUAUAAUGAAGAACAAACUUCCACCCAGAAUGCCCAGGACAUCUGGUAUAUCUAAACUGGCACCGUUUGGUGGGGCUCGGCGGAAGGAUUACUCCCCUAUAUCCUGGAAGAACUACUUUGAGAAGUAUGUGGAUGUAGAGAUAGCGGCGGGGGUGUUCCGCGUGUACCUGUCUCCAGAGCCCGACCACGCGGAGCGGCCAAGGAUAGUCACCCUGCACGGGGGAGGAUAUUCCGGGCUGAGCUGGGCUUUGUUCACAGAGGAGAUAACGAGCCUCAUACACUGCCAGGUGGUGUCCAUGGACAUCCGCGGCCACGGGGAGACUCAGGCUCAGGAUUGUGAUGAUCUGAGCAUUGACACUUUAGUCAGUGACGUAGGCUCCGUAUUGCUGAAGCUGUUUGGUGAGCAGAUGCCGCCGCUCAUCCUGCUGGGGCACUCCAUGGGCGGCGCCGUCGCGGUGCGCGCCUCGCACCUGCCCGCGCUGGAGCCCUACGUGCAGGGUGUGGCGGUCAUCGAUGUUGUAGAAGGAACAGCAAUGGAAGCCCUAGCGAGCAUGCAGAGCUUCCUGCGCAGCCGACCCACGCACUUCAAGAGCAUAGAACACGCUGUAGAGUGGUGUGUGAGGAGUGGGCAAGUGAGGAACGUGGAGUCGGCGCGAGUGUCCAUGCCCAGUCAGAUUGUUAAUUGCACAACGGGCGAGCUCGCCACGAAGGAGAUAGAAGACUACAAGAGCGCGCCCCCCUCCCCCCUGCUGCCCAACUCGCGCGGCGUGCGCGCUGACGUCAUCGCGGAGGAGGGGGAGGAGGGGGACGCGGACAUGCGAGAUGGGGACGGAGGGGAGGUGGGGCACGGAGCCGAGGGGGACGCGCCGCACUUCGUGAUGCCCUCGUCGGUGGAGGGGGGCGGCAUGAGGUACCGUUGGCGCGUAGACCUGUCCCGCUCGGAGCGUCACUGGUCGGGCUGGUUCCUGGGACUCUCAGCCGCCUUCCUGUCCACCCGGGCCCCCAGGCUGCUGCUGCUGGCCUCACUCGAGGGCCUCGACCGAGCGCUCACCGUGGGACAGAUGCAAGGCAAGUUCCAAAUGCAAGUGUUGACGCGGUGCGGCCACGCCGUGCACGAGGACUCUCCCGCCGAGGUGGCGCGAGUGUUGGCGGCCUUCGCGCUCCGACAUCGCCUCACAUCUCCCACGGAGUGCGGGGAGCGACUACAACUCAUUUCCGCGCCCGGAUGUUGAAAUGCAACCCACAAGAGAUACAAACAAACACACAUCGCGUCACCAAACUUGAAGGGCAAUUUACACUUACAUUAAAAAAUUAACCUUGUCAUUCUGCAUUAAGGAAUUCUCUAUUAAAAACUAAAUAAAUAAUUUCUAAACAAACCAACAAGUGAACCUAUCACUUAUUGGCUGAUUGUUUUUAAUUUAACGAUCGUUUGUGACUGUCUAGAUACUGCCAUAUUUUUUUUGCAAUCGAGUUCAAUGAAAUCAUUGUCAAAAAAGGUUCCUUGCCUGAAGAGUGCCAAGGGAACCCUAAUACUAAGCCUCCACUGUCUCUCAGCGGGCUGUAGGUAUAGAUAGUGUUGAAAUUUUUUAGUGUGCAUUUAUUUCUAUUGGCCGCUGUAGCAACAAAUAAUAAAUAUUUCAAAAUGACCACCAUGCAAACCAAAAAAAAUAAUAACAAGAACAUAGUAUCUUGUAAAUGAUACAGAACCCUUCGUGUGCGAGUCCGAUUCAUACUUGAGCGGUUUUUUUUAAUUAUAUUUACCACAAACGUGCAAACUAAACUCGCUAAGUCCACAUUUUCAAGUUUCGUGAUGCGUAAUGCACUAAUGAAAACACUUUCAAAAGCAAAUCUAUCUAUUUGUACGAACAAAUUGUUUAAAAAAAAUAAACGCGACUGUUCAGGGGAAAUAAUUGUAUAGAUACUUAGGUAGUUUUCGAGGAUAUAUACAGAAAGAAUUGAAGCAGUGAAAUACAUUUAAAUCUUAGAAUAUUUUUUCAAAUGAGAAAAAUAUGCUAGAUUGAGCUUAUAAGUUAUUUAGUAUCAUUUUUUGCAAUAAAAAUUAAAGAAGAGAAAAAGUUGCUUAUUUUCAAACUCACUAUUAAUAAUAAUAUAAUUAAUUUAAGAAUUCAGCUGAGAUAACAACUCAGGCUUUUAUUUUAGAAGAUCAUUCAUAUGUAAUCAUUUAUUCUAUGUAUAAUGCGAAAGUGUAUGUAUAUUCUAUAUGUUUGUCAUUUUCAUUAGAUAUUCUAUCCUAUAUCCUGGUGACGUAUUUA